AUGGCUUCGCAUGUGCGAAAUUCGCUACUUCUGGUCGUCAUGAUCAGCGCAGCAACGGGGGCUUUCGCCAGUAUCAAGCCUCUUCGUGGCGUUCCCCCUCAAGAUAAGGCCCUAUUUUCGGGAGAGGUGUUCUCCUGCCGGGAUGGUUCCAGAAAGUUGCACAUCUCGCGAGUCAACGACGAUUUCUGCGACUGCCCUGACGGCACGGACGAGCCUGGCACCUCCGCCUGCCCCAACUCCUCCUUCUACUGCCGCAACCGAGGCCACAACCCGCUCUCGCUCUUCUCGUCCCGAGUCAACGACGGCAUUUGCGUUGCAAGCACGGACGAGCCUGGCACCUCCGCCUGCCCCAACUCCUCCUACUGCCGCAACCGAGGCCACAACCCCCUCUCACUCUUCUCCUCUCGAGUCAACGACGGCAUAUGCGUGCAUGUGCUCUGUUGCAAUCUCUCCCCUCACCGCCUCUCACCGCCCCACACCUCCCCUCACCUCUCUUCACCCCCCCUCACCCCUCCCAAGAUUGCUGCGACGGCAGUGACGAGCAGGGGCGGCAAGGCAGCAGCAGCUGGAUCAACUCCCCUUUUCCCCCCACCGCCACUCGCCCCCUCUCACCCCUCCACAGAUUGUUGCGACGGCAGUGACGAGUAUGACGGCAGGAUUACCUGCCCCAACACUUGUGCUCAGGCGGGGGCGGCGAGGCGGCAGCAGCUGGCAGCUGACGUGGCAAAGCACAGGGAGGGCGUGAGGCAGCGGCAGCGGGCGGUGGAGGAGUGGAGGGAGAAGAAGGUUCGGCUGCAGGAGGAGAGGAGGGAGAGGCAGAGGGAGAAGAAGGUGCGGCUGCAGGAGGAGAGAGGGCGGCUGGAGGAGGAGGAGAGGGAGCUGCAGGAGAAGGAGAAGGCUCUCAAAGGUAUGUCUGGGUGUGUGCUUGUGCGCAUGUGUAUGGGUGUGAGGCAGAGGCAGAGGGCGGUGGAGGAGUGGAGGGAGAAGAAGGUGCGGCUGCAGGAGGAGAGAGGGCGGCUGGAGGAGGAGGAGAGAGAGCUACAGGAGAAGGAGAAGAUGGAGAAGAAGGUGCGGCUGCAGGAGGAGCAAGGGCGGCUGGAGGAGGAGGAGAGGGAGCUGCAGGAGAAGGAGAAGGCUCUCAAAGGUAUGUCUGGGUGUGUGCUUGUGCGCAUGUGUAUGGGUGUGAGGCAGAGGCAGAGGGCGGUGGAGGAGUGGAGGGAGAAGAAGGUGCGGCUGCAGGAGGAGAGAGGGCGGCUGGAGGAGGAGAGAGAGCUACAGGAGAAGGAGAAGGUCCUGAAAGGUAUGCAGCGGCAGAGGGCCGUGGAGGAGUGGAGGCAGAAGAAGGUGCGGCUGCAGGAGGAGAGAGGGCGGCUGGAGGAGGAGGAGAGGGAGCUGCAGGAGAAGGAGAAGGUUCUUAAAGAGAGGAAGGAGGCUCUAGAGAAGAUAGAGGAGAAGGAGAGGGAGAUGCAGAUAGAGGAGUAUGCAGAUAGAGGAAGUGGCAAGGAGAUGGAUGAUGAUGAGAGCGAUGAGGACCUGUCGGGGCUGUCUAAGGAGGAGCUGGGGCGGAGAAUCGCGUCCCGAUGGGCGCAUGGGGAGGACGGUCCUGGGGGCGCGGAGGUGGAGGGGGGAGACGGGGACGGGGGGAAGGCGGACGGGGAGGGUGAGGGGGAGGGGGAUGAUGGGGUUGAUUUGGGCGGGGAGGAUGGGCAGUUGUAUAAUCGUGUCUCCUCCCUCGUCUCCUAUUCACUCUCUCUUCUCCCUCCUCCCUCUUCUCGCUCCCCUCCACCUCCCCCUUCUUUCCCCGUCAGCCCCUGCUGCCCCUUCGCCCACAUCCUUGAGGGACAAGGCAAGGCAGCGCCUGCCCCGCCGCCAUCGCUGUGGGACAAGGCAAAGCAGGUGUGGACGCGGGUGUCCGCCCUCGUCUCCACCAAGCCUUCUCUGCCAGUGAACGAAACAGACCUGCUGACGAUCCGCUCCGAGUACAACGUUAUCUCGACCAAGCUCAGCAAGACUAAGGGGCGACUUCGCACGGUGAAGGAAAACCUGGAGAAGGACCUGGGUCCUGACGGCGAGUUUGCUUCAUUCGCCGACCACUGCUUCUCCUUCAAAGUCAACCAGUAUGAGUACGAGGUGUGCCCAUAUCGGCAGGUGAAGCAGAAGGAGAAGCACCACUCUGAUACCACCGUGGGCCGCUGGUCGGGCUUUGAGGACAACUAUCGGACGAUGAUGUUCAAGAAUGGUGAUAAGUGCUGGAACGGACCCAACCGGAGCAUUAAGGUGAAGCUGGAGUGCGGACUGAAAACAGGGAUCAAGUCAGUGGAGGAGCCAAGCCGAUGCGAGUACGAAGCGGUGCUCGUGACGACUGCAGUGUGCAACGCAGAGCUGGCACAGGAGCUGGAGAGGCAGCUGAAGCAGAUGGAGGAUGAUUUGGCUGGUCACGAUGAGCUGUAA